AUGGCUCGGAAGGAAAACAUAGAAUCGCUGGACCUACUGUUGCGAGACUUAUGCGACCCCGAUGUUGUAUUUGGAGGCAAAGUUGUUGUCUUUGGCGGUGAUUUCCGCCAAGUUUUACCAGUUGUGCCGCACAGAACUCAGAAUGAAGCUGUAGAAGCUAGCCUCGUGUCAUCUACCCUGUGGCCCACAUUUACGCGCUACAGCCUUACUGAAAAUAUGCGCGCUCGAGAAGACCAACAAUUCUCUGACUUCUUACUUAAUCUUGGCAAUGGGUGCCUGCAAACUGCUGAAGUGGAGUUCGUUGAAGUACCACCACAGAUUGUAUUGGCUACUGAUCCAAAUGGCAAUUCUGUAAAUGAUCUUGUGGAAAACGUUUUCCCAGAGAUCAGUGUAGGCCCGUUUUCUAACGAUUUCUUUACAGAUCGAGCAAUUUUAACACCUAUGAAUGAAGAUGUUGAUGGGCUAAACAAUGAUUUAAUUGCGAGAUUCCCUGGAGAGGCAGUUAUCUACAAGAGUUUCGAUAUGAUCCUUGAUGAUUCCUGCAACAUGUAUCCAUCAGAAUUCUUGAAUACCCUUUGUCCAGGCGGUAUGAGCCCGCAUGAAUUAGUCUUGAAAGAAAACAACCCAGUUAUUCUGCUCCGUAACCUUGCUCCUGCUGCUGGCCUAUGCAAUGGUACACGGCUGGUUUGUAAACGCUUUUUGCCUAACAUCAUUGAAUGCGUCAUCAUUACUGGUCACCACAAAGGAGAUACUGUGUUUCUGCCCCGCAUCAAUCUCAGGCCAUCUAUUUCAGCCAACUACCCUUUCCAGUUCCAAAGGAAACAAUUUCCCAUUAAGCUUAGUUUUGCAAUGACUGUUAAUAAGUCACGGGGACAGACCCUGAAUCAGGUCGGCUUGUACCUACAUCGACCUUGUUUUUCGCACGGGCAGCUGUAUGUAGGCUUGUCUCAUGCACGUAAAUCCAGUAAAGUAAAAGUCCUGUCCAGCUCAUCUACACAGGAGCAACCUCACAGUGUUAAGAAUGUUAUCUCUUUUAAGGUGUUAGCAAAAGCGGGCAUUAUAUAA